AUGAUGUUGAGUCUUAUCCACACCUUCCUGAACCUCUCAGCUCCCCCAUUCACCUUCUUCUCCCUUUUGCUUCUCCUCCCGCCGCUUUAUUUCUUGAAGUUGUUCACCUCUCUCUUGAGCACCAUCUUCAGCGAAAAUGUAUCCGGCAAGGUCGUCCUCAUCACCGGUGCCUCCUCCGGUAUCGGCGAGCACUUGGCUUAUGAGUAUGCAAGGAGAGGGGCACGGUUGGCCCUAGUUGGCAGGAGAGAAAACGCACUAAGGGAAGUCGUUGAUCGAGCAGCUCAGUGUGGUUCUCCUGAUGUUAUUAUGAUUGGGGCUGAUGUUUCAAAGGCUGAGGACUGCAAGAGACUUGUUGAUGAAACUAUCAACCACUUCGGAAGGUUGGAUCAUCUGGUGAAUAAUGCUGGGAUCACUGCCUGCUGCAUGUUGGAAGAUUGCACCGAUAUCACUAACUUCAGAUCUGUAAUGGAUACAAAUUUCUGGGGAUCUGUGUAUGUUACUCAUUUUGCAGCUCCACACCUCAGAGACUGUAAAGGUAGAAUCGUGGCUAUAUCUUCCGUUAAUGCAUGGUUGCCUGUGCCAAGGAUGGGCAUAUAUAAUGCAAGUAAAGCAGCUGUGUUGAGCAUGUUUGAGACACUCCGGGUUGAGCUUGGGCCAGAAGUUUAUAUAACAAUUGUCACUCCCGGAUACAUAGAGUCCGAGAUGAACAAAGGCAAAUACUUAUCUACCGAAGGCAGGAUGACGGUAGAUCAAGAAAUGCGGGAUGUUCAAGUAAUUAUUCCAGUUGAAAGAGUGGAAGACUGCGCAAAUGCGAUUGUGAACGGUGUUUGUCGUGGUCAAAGGUGCUUGACAGAGCCAGCAUGGUAUAAAGCCAUAUAUAUGUGGAAGGUGUUCUGUCCUGAGCUACUUGAAUGGGGUUACAGAUUUUUGUACAUGGCUAGGCCUGGGGCUCCAGCUAAAGAAGCACCUGGCAAAAAAAUCUUGGACUACACUGGCGUGAAGAAUGUCUUGUACCCCGAGUCUCUCCACAACCCUGAGAUCAAGACGGACUGA